AUGCACAAGAUCUCCAACUUCACGGGCCAGGCCCGUCAUGGUUGGGAACGAAUGACGCCGACUUUCGGGAUGUCCAGACCUCACACCGACAUGGCCUUUCGCCGGCCACACGGUGCGCCGCCUAUGACUCCUCCGACGAGUAUCGAUCCUACCGUCAAUCUCUCCUUCAAUAUCCCAUUCUCCUCCACCCUUGCCGGUCCCGAUGUCGAGGACGUGCUCCACGCUAGCCCCGGCGCCCUGCAACGUUGGACCUUCCCCGAGGGCACCCCAGAGGGAACGCCGGUGCAUCAACUGCCCGUGCACACCAGCAAUGUCGAUGGCUUGCAUAGGUUAUGUCGCCAGAUAACAGAAACCAGUGGUGGUCGGAUCGAGGCCUCGUUGACUUCCUCAGAGCCCAAGGCCUCGCUAUCGUUGCAACGGCGGCCCAACGGCUUGGUGACAAAUGUCUGUGUGACGGGCGAUGGCGAGACUGUGCGGAAGAUGCGGGCCAAGAUCUUGAAUGAAACUCCCAUCAUGCUGCGAUGCGCGACCGUUGAUGUCGAUAUGCACCUGAUCAUGGACGGAUCUCCAAAGGGCAUUCGAGCUAGCGUGCUUGAGCACAUGGACACCUUGGCUGCCUACACCGGCACAGACAUUUUCCUACUGACACCCAAACUUCAUGAUGCUGACAGUGCGGUGGUAUCGUCUUAUGGCUAUGCAUCUGAUAGCGGCCUCGAGCAGCGUUUCCGAGUUGCCAUCUAUGGUGAUAUGGAGAGCUCCGAGCAUGCCAAGACGCGGGUUCUGAUCAUGAUUGAUCAAAUUCUCAAACGCCACGUGGACGCUAUCAAGCUGGAGCUGACCAUGCACACCUUGGUCUGCGGCCGCACCCGCAAAAAUAUCAAGCUCAUCGAAGCCGCGACUGGCACCGCCAUCUACUUCCCCCCACCGUUCCCACGAAUCUUCGGCUAUACGCCUCCCGGUGCGAACCGUCGAAGCGAGGAUGAGGUUUAUAUUACUGGCGAGACUCCGGAGCAGAUCGCUCGGGCUAAGCAAAAGCUUCGAGAGCUAGUGAUGGGUGUCAAAAUAUACGUCAAGGAUGUUGUGGUCAACUCGAGCAAGAUCGACAACAUCCUACUCGACCGGCUGGACAAGGUUCGCAAGGUCAUGGAAAUGAACGGCUCUUACGUCCUAUUCCCGCAAUUGGGCAGCCAGCGCGGCCUUGUUCGGAUCCAAGGCACCGAGGUGUUGCAUGUCGAGCGAACUGUGCGGGAGAUCAUGGCUCUCGCUGGUCAAUUCUAUAGCGCCUCAUGGUGGAUCAUCAUGCCCGAUCCCGCUCAGGGCGGCGCCCGUGCCCCUUCGACUGCCGAUGUUAGAUCAAUGCUCUCGGAUAUCUGUACUAACUCUGAAGCCGAGGUCAGCUUUGACAAUCUGACUUUUACCAUCAAUGGAUCCGACGAUGCCGUUAAGGCUGCCAUGACCGUUGUCAACCAGAUUCCCUUUGUCACGCGAAGCCAAUAUCAGAUGCGGGUCAAGAUCGAACUGGCCAACGAACACAAAGAGUUUGUCAGUGGCAAGAAGAACGGCAAGAUCAACAAGAUUAUGGGCCAGAGCAACGUACAGAUUAUCUUUGACGGUUUCAACGAAUAUAACUUCUAUAUCGACGUGUGCGGCAACCAAUACGAGUCGACCAAGAACGGUCUGGAUUUGGUCGAGCAAGAAAUGCCCGCUUCCAUCUCUUUCCACGUCCCCGACCAGUACCACAAGCGAAUCAUCGGCAUCGGAGGACAACAUAUUCAGCGGAUUAUGAAGAAAUAUUCUGUCUUCGUCAAGUUCUCCAACGCGAUGGACCGCGGUGGAAUGGGCAAGGAGGAUGACGAUAUCAAGGUUGAUAACGUGAUUUGCCGCACACCUGCUCGCAAUGCCCAGAGCCUGGAUCUUGUCAAGCAAGAGAUCAUGGACAUGGUCGAGAAGGUUGACGCCGAGUACGUCUCGGAGAGAGUUGUCAUCAAUCGCCUAUACCACCGCGAGCUCCUGGCCCGCAUGACUGAGAUUGACGAGUUGGAGAAGAAGUGGAACUGCAAGAUUGAAUUCCCCAGCACCGAGCUCGCCAGCGACGUGGUGACGAUCUCCGGUCCGGAGUACCAGGUCCCUCAGGCGGUUGAUGCUCUGCUAGGCAUGGUUCCGGAGAGCCAUGAGCUUCACUUCCAGAGCUCUGCGGAGCUCCGCGGUUUCUUCAAGUCGCCUGAUUUCCUUGCCGACAUUCGCACCAAGCUCAAGGAGCAGUACGAGGUCGAUAUCAACGUGGACACUACCGCCGACCUUCCCGCCAAGGAGGAAGGCUCUGGCUCCAAUUCCGGCUCCGGCACAUCAUCGCCUGAUCCUGCCCCGGAAGACCGAGUGGUUCUCGGCUAUACCCGCAACAACGCUGGCGGUCUUAAGGAUGCCAUCGACUUCCUGAUCUCCCGCCUUGUUGCUCAUGGUCUCAAUGCGAACACCGUCAAGGGUGCGAUCCCUCGCCCCAAGUCGGACUCCUUUGAGGAGUCGCUGCCCUUCUUCGACUCGAAGCUGCUGCAACAUGCCCCGGUCCCGCUCAUGACGGACUCGCCCACGCGACCCAGCUUCGCCGAUGAGACUAGCGAGCGCGGCUCGAUCUUCGAGCGCCUCCGCAAGCCUGGAAGCAUCUCUUCUUUCUCUUCGUUCAUCGGCCGGAAGAACCACUCCGCCUCGCCGGGUUCGUUCUUCAAGCACGCCUCGAGCAACGCCUCGAAGGCGUCUCUGGUUUCCAUGGAAUCCCGGGACAGUGGCUACCGCAACCCGUGGAACGACUCCGGCGUGAACCUCCCGGAGGACGACCUGCCGGUUCUGGGCAGCUCGCACAGCCACAAGAGCAGCAACAGCAAUGGCUGGCCUACGCGCUUCGACGCCAAGUUUCCCUUCGGCACGGCGCCAGGCGACAUGACGCCCAAGCAUGAACCUCGCGCUUCUUUUGACAGCGGUCGCCCUAGCACUUCGAAUUCUACUUCUGGAUACCCGGCCCCAAUUGGGCCACCGCGUUAA